UUGGACCAGAUAUCGUCCCGAAUACAGUUAAUAGCCUGGUUAUAUAAUCUCAUUCAUAUAUUUCCACUGGUGCUUUUUUCGCCCUUUUGGAGUCUUCUGAGUUUCUUUACAUCAGAAUGGCUGAGCCAAGUGGAAGAUAUCAUCAGCUGCCCAAUGAGGAGGAACCUGAUGACAGUUCCCAGGCUACCAGCGAUGCCCCGCCUCCCUACAGCAGCAUUGCAGCUGACAACACAGCUUACUUUGAUUACAAAGAAGACGGGGUGUUUCCGAAGCCGCCCUCCUAUAACGUCGCCACAUCCUUGCCGUCCUACGACGAAGCCGAGAGGACGAAGGCAGAGGCCACGGUGCCGCUGGUGGCGGGAAGAGUGAGUAGUGAUGAUGACUUUGUGACGAGGGAGGACUUUGAGGAUGCGGAUCAGCUGAGAAUAGGGAGUGAUGGAAUUUUCAUGCUGACAUUCUUCAUGGCAUUCCUUUUCAACUGGAUCGGGUUCUUCCUGUCCUUCUGUCUCACCACCUCCGCUGCAGGUCGCUACGGAGCUAUCUCUGGCUUCGGCCUGUCUCUCAUCAAGUGGAUCCUGAUCGUCAGAUUUUCCACGUAUUUCCCUGGCUACUUUGAUGGGCAGUACUGGCUGUGGUGGGUGUUCCUGGUUCUUGGUUUCCUCCUCUUCCUCAGGGGAUUCAUCAAUUACGCCAAGAUCCGCAAAAUGGCUGACUCCCUCUCCACUCUGCCGCGGACUCGAGUCCUCUUCAUCUAUUAAAGUUUCAACAUACCAAGGUCCUGGCCAGCAUUCAGCCUUGGAUACGACAGAAUCAAUACGUAUUUAAAGAAAAAAAAACGAGAGAAUAAACUUUCAUCUGUAAUCAGCACACUUUGACCCCAGAGUUUCAUCAGAAGAUGGAAAGAGAAUGAUUUUUUUUUUUUUAAUCUGUAUUGGAGAACUUCCUUUAGUGGAUAACGACACACGACCCUUUCUAUGUUUCUAGUGGAUGCUGACAUUAAAUCAUUAGUGGGUAACGUCAUAUGCUAUUGCAAUCAGAAUUUGUGAUGUAUCAGAUAAUGCCUUAUAUAUAUACACAUAUAUGAGGUAUUUGUUUGUAGUUACAGCAUGCACUGGUCCCUGUUAGCCUAUAGGGGGCAGUCUUGUGUUUCUUUUUUCUCGCUGUCCUCUUUCCUCCUUUGUUUUUUUGUUUUUUUUUCAGUGAUGUUAAACAUGCUGCUGGUUCCACUUUUCCUGAUUCGGACUGUGCUUUGAAUGGCACCACGAUUUGAAGUCCAUUUAAAGCGGUGCUUUUUGUUUUUUUUGUUUUUUUCUUCUUCCUCUCAAGCUGUCUCCAUGCAAGAUGUUUAAAAUUGUUCUUUCUAUGAAGUUAUCUUUGAUGUGGUUCAA